GACCACCACCCCGUCGUGCCGUCGCUGACGGAACUCGCGGCGAAGCGGGUCGCCUCGCACAUCCCCUUCGAGCUGGUGGAGCACGUGUACCCGCCGGUGCCGGAGCAGCUGCAGCUGCGCAUCGCCUUCUGGAGCUUCGCUGACGACGAGGAGGACAUCCGGCUGUACUCGUGUCUCGCGAACGGCUCGGCGGACGAGUUCUCGAAGGGCGAGGGGCUGUUCAGGAACCGGAUGGUAAAAGAUCCGCUGCAGAUUGGUUUCCACCUGUCGGCCAGCGUGCAACAGAGCCCGCGCGGCAUUCACAACGUCGCAGUGACCUUCGACCGCAGGCGCAUCUCGUCGUGCAACUGCACCUGCAACUCGACCGCCUAUUGGUGCUCGCACGUCGUCGCCGUGUGUCUGACGCGCAUCCAUUGGCCCCAUCUGGUGACCCUGCGAGCCCCCGUCUCCGAGUCGCUGUCGCGGCUGCAACGCGAUCAGCUGCAAAAGUUCGCCCAGUACCUCAUCAGCGAGCUGCCGCAGCAAAUCCUGCCGACGGCGCAGCGCUUGCUCGACGAGCUGCUCGGCUCGCAGCCGUCCGCCAUCAAUUCGGUGUGCGGCGCUCCCGAUCCGACGGCCGGCGCCUCCGCCAACGAUCAGACGUCGUGGUAUCUGGACGAGAAGACGCUGCACGACAACAUCAAGAAGAUUCUGAUCAAGUUCUGCGUACCUGCCCCCAUCGUCUUCAGCGACGUGAACUACCUGAGCACUGUCGCCCCACCCGCAGCAGCAGAAUGGACCUCCCUGUUGCGCCCCUUGCGCGGCAGAGAGCCCGAGGGCAUGUGGAAUCUGCUGAGCAUCGUGCGCGAGAUGUUCAAGCGCAACGACCGCAACGCGAUCCCGCUGCUCGAGAUCAUUACCGAGGAGUGUCUGGCGUGCGAGCAGAUACUCAUCUGGUGGUUCAAUACCAAGGUGGCCCUACUGAGUGGCAAUUCUGGAUAUGGAGGUAGCGGGGGAGGAAAGCACAAUAAUGUGAACAGUAACACGCACGCCUCCCAGCAUGCUUGCUCAUCUUUGUGCGAAGAAGUCGUCGUCUUGUGGAGACUGGCGGCUCUAAAUCCUGGAUUGGCGCCUUCCGAAAGAGAUAUGCUACAUAAUCAGUUCACUAUUUGGCACAUGAAGACGCUGGAGAAAAUCAGCAAAUGUCGCAACACGACCACCGGCUCGCAAUCGCACUACAACAAGAACUCCACCUUGCUGAAGAUGGACCUCGAGGUGUUCACGGGCUUCAAGCCGGCCAUCGAGGCGUGCUACCUGGACUGGGACGACUAUCCCAUGCCCGGCAUCACCUACACCCAGGACAUCAACCCCAUGUACCAUUGUCCGUUCACCUGUUUCAGGCAUGGGCCUGACGGGAACCGCGGGGAGAGUCAAGUCACCCAGGUGAAUUCAAGCAAAGCCGUCCUGAACUGCGAGAACCCACACGCGCACGCUGCUCACACCCAUCACCAUCACCACCACCAUCACCACCAUCAUUCGCAUUCGAGGGUGACGCGGUUCGAUUACGCUAACGUCAUGAGUCUGAACCCUGUGGAAUACCAGCCGCCGCCUCAUCCCCAGUUGAAUGACAGAGAUGGGAAUAGAUCCAGCGUCAGCAGCGAGGGAUUUUGUGAGGUCGACGAUGACAUAAAUUUGCUUCAAGAGAACAGGUUCAACGAUUCUGACUCUCAAGAAGGUGGUGGCAGUGACUCUUCAAGCAACAGCAGCCAAGACAGCAACACACCCUCGACAGCGCAACAUUCCAUCAAUCUGAGCGACAACGACACCAGCAAAACCAACUACAAGCCCGUGCUGCCACCUAUUUCCAUUCCUAGUACUUCGAAUGUCUGGAUCAAGAACGCACAAUCGGAACCGCUCUCGUCGACGUCUCGCAGGCCGUCCAAGGACGAAUCGACCUUCUCCUCCAACUCCGACUCGCCCCAAUCCGGCGACGAGUACAACGCCUACUUCUACCCGCCCAAUCCCGAGGACCCCGCCCCGUCACCGCCCACCCGCACCACGCCGAAGAGAGAGGAGGGGGAAGAGGGGGACGGUCUGCCCCGCGGGCAGUUGAGGAAGGGCGACGACCCGUGGGACGUGCUGUUCUCGCGCGCCGAAGGGCUGCACGCUCACGGUCACAACAGGGAGGCGUGUUUUUUGGGCGUCAAGUUGGCCGAGGAGUUGCUGAUGCAUCCGCCGGAUUUGAUGAUCGAGAUACCGCCCGUGCCCAGAAAGAAAGGCAAGAAGCAGCAAGUGAACCCCGCCACCCACCAGCUGAGCUGCCUGGCCUCGGGCACGCUCUCGAAGUGCGCCUUCCUGUGUUCGGUUCUGGCGGAGAACAGCGAACACUACCACUUGGCCUUCCGCGUGGGGAUGUUCGGCCUGGAGAUGGCAAGACCGCCGGCCAGCACCAAGUCUCUCGAGGUGAAGUUGGCCAAUCAGGAAGCGGACCUCGUCAACCUGCUCAAGCGUAUCCCGCUCGGGCACAGAGAAUUACAGAUACUGCGCGAACGCGCCGAGCUGCUCAAAGAAGGCACGCUGCGAUCUAGGGGCGAGGCGAUGUUGCCGAUCACUCUGGCCAGCUUCAUAUUCGACGCGCUAGUCAUGCCGACGUUCGUGGGCAGGGAUAGGGCGAAGGUGGUCAGCAUGCGGUUGCCCUCCGACGAGCCGCUAGGCUUCGAGGCGGCAGUGGCGGCGUUGGGGCUCAAGGCGAACGUGUCUGAGGCAGAUCAUCCUUUGCUGUGCGAAGGUACGAGAAGACAGAGAGGGGAUUUGGCCAUAGCCCUCUUGAUGUUCUACAAGGACGAUUGUUGGAAGAUCGCCCGGAUAAUGGACAGACUGUUGGACAAGGAGGUGCACCAGCUGCUGAAGACGCCCAUCAUCAGUUCCUACUACUCGAGUAAUCCGCCCAUCAAGAGCCAGCUGAGCAACUUGAGGAGAGACGACAGCGACAAAGUUAUGACGCCGAUGAGCAGCUUCCUGCCCCAGGCUGAGAUGAUCCCUGCUGAUAUUGCCUGUUGUAGUCGACCGCACAGCUCGACCAGUGCCGAAAUCGAGCAAUCUAUGUCGACCAUGUCGGUGGGCGGUAGCCAGCAACCUGGCGUGUCCACCGCCCAAGGGGGCGGAGCCAUCACCCGCACGAAGGACGGGCGGUACAAGGGUAAGCGUGCCUACCCCUCCAUCCCGAACCAGCCCUCCGAAGCGGGCGCCCACUUCAUGUUCGAGCUGGCGAAGACCGUGUUGAAUAAGGCUGGCGGCACUUCGAGCACCUCGUUGUUCACGCAGCCUUCGACCAGUCAGAAUCACCACGGGCCCAACAGGGCUUUGCACAUGUGCGCCUUCCAGCUGGGGCUGUACGCCCUCGGGCUGCACAAUUGCGUCAGUCCGAACUGGUUGAGCAGGACGUACUCGUCGCACGUCUCUUGGAUAACAGGCCAAGCGAUGGAGAUCGGCGCGUCGGCCAUCUCCUUCCUCAUCGACACGUGGGAGGCGCACCUCACGCCACCAGAGGCCGCCAGCAUCGCCGAUCGUGCCUCUCGCGGCUGCGACCUCAACAUGGUGCGCGCCGCCGCCGAACUGGCGCUCGGCUGCCUCCCUCACGCGCACGCGCUCAACCCCAACGAGAUACAGCGCGCCAUCUUGCAGUGCAAGGAGCAGAGCGACGAGACGCUCGAGCGCGCCUGUCUGACGGUGGAGCAGGCUGCCAAGGGCGGUGGGGUGUAUCCGGAGGUGCUGUUCCAGGUGGCCAAGUACUGGUACGAGCUGUACGUCAGGCAUACUCCUGGAGGCGAGCAAAUGAUGGAUAACGAAAUGGCACACGACCAACUGAUGGACGCCCAUGGAGCUUUAGUAGCGUUGAUUGAGCAACCUGGACCUGUUGAAGUGCAACCCACUGCUGCUUCGGUAGUAGUCACCACAGCGCCGCCAUAUACGCACCCCGCUCCCCCCGUCGGCAUGUACGUCGGCCACUACAACUUUCUUCCGCACGUCCACCACCCACAAAUCACCUACGGGGGCCCUAUACACCCCCUGCACCAACCCCCACCCCCACCGCCGCCUGCCCACGUGCAAAUGUACCCGUUCCCCUACCCCCCGCCCCAAGCCGCCGCCCCGCCCUUCCCGCCCAUCCCGACGUCGUACGCCGGCCUGCCGCCGCCCCCGCCUGCGCAGAACGUCGCGCCCUCUGUCCAGCAGCAGCAGCAGUACGUGGCUCCGCCCACCGUGUUCGCUAGUCCGCCGCUGCAGCAGCAGCAACAGGUGCCGCUACAGCAGCAGCAACAAGUGCCGCCCGCGCAGGGGCAGCUGCAGUACUACGGGCCGACGAUGGCGAUUGCGCAGCCGGUGCAGGGGUUGAGGCCGCCCGGUGCCCAUAUUUAUCCUGCGCCGCCUCCAGGAAUGGCACCUCAUCCGCAACAAGUGAUCGCAAGACCGCAUAGGCCACACCAGAUCAACCAAACGCAGCUUAGGUAUCUGCUGACCUCCUACAGGGUGGGCAUGCUCGCCUUAGAGACCUUAGCGAGGCGGGUGCACGACGAUAGGCCGCAAGCGAAGUACGCCCGGAAUCCACCCUACGGAGAUGAUGUCAAAUGGCUGUUGGGCGUAUCGAAACAAUUAGGCACGCAAUACCUGCACCACUUCUGCGUGUGCGCCGUCAACUCGAUCGUCAGCCCGUUCGUGUUGCACGACGUCGCCAUCGAGGCCGCUACCUAUCUCUCGCGCAACAACCCCGGUCUGGUGAUGCAGCACCUGCGCACCGCUCUCACGCCGCUGGUGCAAAAGUGCCAGCAGAUGUACAUACAAUGCAUGCACCAGAAGCUGUACCAUCUGACUGCCGCAGACUACGAGGACUUCGUGAGCAUCGUUUGUGCGGCGAGGGCGGCCUUUCAGAUCACGCCCGACGGGUCGGCGCAGUUCAAAGAGUGGCUGCAGUCGAUCAGGAGGUCGAAGUCCUGCAAGAAAGACCUCUGGUCCCAGAUAAACACCGCCCUGCAGGCGAACACCAAAUGACAAAGGCCCGACCUAGCGACGCCAUCUAGCGGCGGCAGUGGCGUCGGUUUCUCCUACCAGCGCCCGGAAACCGCCUCAGACGAUCCCGCCGUCGACCGCCUUCAUCUGUGCAACUUCGCGCAGCCCGAAGCGGGCAGGCCGAUCUUCUUGGUGCAACAGCGCGAGGUGGUGUUCGAGCCGUCUGGCAACGCCGCUGCAGCGGGGUGGGGGAAUGCUGCGCGCACGAACGAUGCGUCUCCGCCCAGCAGCUGAUUCGUCUUCGGGGGCGUGGUUUGGAAUUGGAAGGGCGUGGUGGUGGGCGGGGUUAGGUGGGAGGUUAUUCGGUCUGGGGUGGUCUUGAGGUUCGUGUAGCCCUCGGAAUGGAGAAGGUCGUGAUGGAAAUCUGGUUUGUAACACAGUAUACCGUCUUACGGAAAUCAGUAAUUUCACUUUGUGUCAGAACGUUUGAUGUUGGUGUCCACAAGUUCUAUUUUUUGCCAGACCAGUGCGCAUACCACCACUCACAGACUCGUGUGUUUCAGGCUUGGUCGAGCUAGGGUCCCUAGAUGGAAAUUGACGUUGAAGUCACCUUAACAGGGUACGGACAGAUCAUAGCUGCAUACUUUUUUAGUGAUCUAGAGACUUUGGUUUUGUCUACUGAAAUCCCUGACAUUGCUGUCACGUCACAUCCAUGGGCGCAACAGAAAAUCAUUCAAAAUUUUAAUAAUAGGUAUGUACAGGGUAUUAACUUGUUGAGGAAGAUCAUAUGGCGAACAAGUUUUGUAAUUGUGAUCCGAUUCUAUUCAAAAUUGGAAGGUAUCUGGGGUUUCCCGGUGUUGGAGAUGAUGAUUGUUUCGUCUUGGAAAAUGGCGAAAGACAUUCGUUUAUUUAACUAUUACUCUACCAUAAAUAGAAAAUAUGUAGGAUGCAAGAGUGAAAAUAACGUGCCUAUAAGUUAUACUGUGUAUACCUACUUCUUUGUUACUUUCAUCAAUAAAUUAUUCGACAAUUACUUUUUAUUUAAGGGAGACGGAAAAAUCAUAU